AUGGGCAAGCGAGAUCCCAAGAAACUCUUUCUUUUGACUUAUCCUCAAUGUGAAGUUGAACCUCAAAGCAUCCUCCGUUUCCUUGAAAAAACAGUACCCCUGAAGGAGUACGUGAUCGCUCGUGAAAAACACAAAGAUGGCAACUAUCAUAUCCAUGCCUACAUUCGCGUAGACGGUGAAGGGAUCUAUCUGAAGGACGCACCUACAUUAUUUCGUUACAAAAGUGAAGGUAAUCCAGACCAACAUGGCAAUGUAGCACCAAUAACGACAACCACUCGCUCUAUCAACGAUGUCAUCAAGUAUUGCAUCAAAGACGAUGAAGAACAAAAGAAUUACAUCAGCAAUAUUGACGUCGACAAAUAUGUUGUUACAAAGCGAAAGUCCCCUGACUAUGACAUGGUAAAGAACUAUUCAACAAAGGAAGCCUUCAAGGAAGGCCUGGUGUCGAUAGACAAACUGAAAGCAUACGACCACGCCAGAAGUGUUGCUGUCGACUCCACACCCCGAGACCCUUCAAAGUGUAUAGGCUUAUGGCUCUGUGGCCCUCCAGGUACAGGGAAGUCACUGUAUGCCCGCAUUCGAACAGAAGGUGAAAGACUCUACAAUAAGUCUCACAACAAAUGGUGGUGUGGAUAUUCAGGUGAGAAGUAUGUCUUGAUUGAUGACCUAGGUCAUCAGUUCAAAGCUUGGGGUCAAUUGAAGCAAUGGGUGGACGUUUACGAGAUUUCUGAUGAGAUUAAGCACGGUAGAACCUCCCUCUGUUAUGAGGAAGUUAUCGUCACCUCAAAUCAUACGCCUCGAGAAUUACUAGAUUUAUUAGACAAGACAUCUCCUCCCCAUGUCAUUGAAAUGUUGAUUGAGGCAAUCGGAUCUCGUUUCAAGAUAGUGGAGUUCAAUUCCGAUACUUUCACCUUGUUGACUGGGCUCCCUCUGCAAAAAAAACGUUCUAAAACCCUGAACAAACCCCUUUGCAUUUCCAAUGCGUCGUUUCCACUUGGCUCAACCAUCACCCCGCUCGAAGAGGUUUUGACACCCGCCCCGCGCGAAAACUUGGUUCCUCACUCCCCUGAAUAA